UGGGGCGGAGGGAAAGGGCCCGGGAGGACACGGCCCUCUCUGCUGCUCCGCCGCUGAUUGGACCUGGGGCUUCUUCGCACUCGGAUUUCGAGGCCUUGGGAGAGAAGGGGGCUAGGCGGGACACGCCCCUCACCCCUCUGCCGCCGCCGAUUGGCUCACGGAGUCUCCGCGUUCGAUUUUGGAAGGCUCGCGGGGCGCUCACACCAAAGCUCGGCAAAGGAUUGGCUGUUCCCGAGCCAGGGAGCGCUUUCUCUGGGGAACGGCGGCUGUGACCGAGGUGGCCCGCCUCAGGCGGCCAGGUGCUCUGGGAAAUUAGAGUGAUUUUAAGUCAAGACUUCCUCCACUUCGGCUCCUGGAGAAUAGAAACACCAGAAGCCCUUGCGUUAGUCAGGACCCCAGGGCUUGGGAAGGGCCCGCUGAGCUGCUGACCUCCCUCCCUGUUCCUUCCUCGGCACCCAGGAUGGGUACCCCCGCCUCUGUGGUGAGCGAGCCGCCCCCUGGGCAGGCCCCGACAGAAGCCCGGGGCCGCAAGCAGGCCUCGGCCAACAUCUUCCAGGACGCUGAGCUGCUGCAGAUCCAGGGCCUGUUUCACCGCAGCGGGGACCAGCUGGCCGAGGAACGAGCGCAGGUCGUCUGGGAGUGUGCAGGGGACCACCAUGUGGCGGAGGCCUUGAAGAGGCUGCGCAGGAAGAGGCUCCCUCGGCAGAAGCCCCUGGGCCCCUCGCUACACCACUGCAGCCGGCUCAGAAUCACAGAGCCCCGCGCUCCACCGGCCGACCCACAGAGCAGUGCCACGGAGAUGGCUUCCAGCGGGCAGUAUCUGAACUCCAGGAGGACCAAUGCCAGGAUCCGCCGGAACUGGAGGAAGCCAGGUCCCCCAGGCUACCUUCAUCAGAUCAGACACUGAUCCGGGGAAAGGGCUGAAAACAGCUCUAUCUUCCCCAGGAUUCAUAGAGACUUUUGCCAAAGGGUCUGGGGAAGCGAAGAAGGAAGAGAGCUGAGGCAGACAGCCCCACUGCUGCCACUGGCCUGCUCGAGUCAGAACAGGCCCGGAGGCUUCCACUGAGCUGUUAUAUGGGACCCAUUCCUCACCAGAUUGAGGAGAAACAGUGACCGUUCCUGCCUCAGCCCUUCUCGGUUUUUAACACUGUACCUGGGCUGCAUGAUAUUCCCCUGGGAGUCAAGGACAGGCACUCAAGACUCAGCAUCUCACCACUCCUGCUACCGACCCUCCUACUACUACCGUAACCCGUGGUCCAGCAGCUUGUCCCACACCCCUGCCCCUUCAGGCCAGCACAAGGAAACCAUAGUUUAAGUGGCAAAAUAAAACCAUUCACAUCAA